AACAUCAGUGAAGCUGACCAUACCUACAUACCCUCCUACCUAUACGCGGUACUCUAUAUUUCUCAUAAUAAAGAUAAACCUCCAAAUAAAAUCACUGCCAUAAUUGGCAAUUGACAUGUUUGGCACCUGCGGCCGUUGCGUCGCCUCGGCGAUACAGCUCACAUCUCGACAACACCGGGUUUUAUCUAACCAUACACUAAUAUUUGCGCAAACUAGCUUGAAAGGGAGCUCAAUCUAUGGGUUACAUGCUUUGGAUUAUUCAAUCGGUCAUAUCAGCUGCCGACGACAUGCUUCAUCAGCUUCAGACAAGAAAAAGAACCCAUCAGCUGUGAAAACAGCCUCAUCCUCAAACCCGACAUCAUCACUCACAAACAAUGUCAACCCACCGUUGACCACACUCCCAGCCGAUCUCGACCUCCCUAACAACACAUCCUCCUCGUCCGAACACAUCACGAAGAAAGUCUCCCGCUACAUCUCAAUCGGCCGCGCGUACCUGGGAUUCUAUAAAACAGGACUGAAAAAUGUCUAUCUCAAUUACAAAUCGUGCCUCCCAAUUCGGCGCGAACUCGGUCUUUCAUCAUACAUCCCUACCUCACCACCCACUUCACCACGAACCCCAUCAUCAGGCGCGACCUCACUCAGCACGGCCCUCGAGACCUUACACAUAACCCGCGCCGAAUACCAGCUGGUCCGCCGCGCCACCUACGACGUCCACCGCAUAAUCCCCUUCGGACUUCUGCUUCUCAUUUGCGGCGAAUUCACCCCAUUAAUCGUUGUCGCAAUCGGCGAUGCCGUGACACCGUAUACCUGCCGGGUACCCAAACAAAUCGAAAAGACACGCGCAAAGCGUCUACAACUCAAAAAAGCCGCCUUUGCGGCUGUGCAGGGUGGAUUGGGAUCUAUGAAACCGGUCCCCACAGGGUCGGCGGAGGAAAUGACCUGGUUAGCGGAACAGUUUGGGUCGAUUGAGUUUGUGACGAGGGCCUCGGCGGAGCAGGUGAUUCGUGCGUCGAGGCUGAGGAAGUGGAACGAGUAUUUGGCGUUGGAUGAUGGGUUGAUUGUGAAAGGGGGAGGGGUGGGUGCGUUGAGUGCGCGGGAGAUUAGGCUUGCGAUUGAUGAGAGGGGUGGUGUGGGUGUUGGUGCUGAUGCGCGGUCGGAGGAGGUGAGAGAGAAGGAGGAGAGGAAGUGGUUGAUUGAGUGGUUGAAGAGGAGGUCUUUUGUAUAA